CCUUGCUUUCCCUUCCCGCCGUCGGGCUGCCCGUCCCCGCCCUCCCAGCCCACGUCGCCCACCCUUCCUAUCCUUUCCACAUCCUCCCUCGUUCGCCCCGUUCCGCCCACCCGGUCAUUAUCGCUUCUCGACCACCAUGGGUGCUGUUUGUUGUCGGCCCCAGCCUAUUGACUUCGAUGGGGAAGUCAACCUAUUUCAUUUCAUCCUCUUGCGGUGCGUCGGGAAGGGUGCGUUCGGCAAGGUCCGGGUCGUCCAGCACAAGCAGACGAGGGAGCUGUACGCGCUCAAGUACAUUAACAAGCCCAAGUGCGUGAAGAUGAAGGCGGUCGCGAAUAUUAUUCAGGAGCGCAGGCUGUUGGAAGAGAUCGAUCACCCCUUUGUGGUGAACAUGAGAUAUGCUUUCCAGGACGACGAGAACUGCUUUUUCGUCUUGGAUCUGAUGCUGGGCGGAGACUUGAGAUUCCACCUGGAACGUCUGGGUUCGCUGCCUGAGGAGACUGUGCGUUACUAUGUUGCGGAGAUCUCGUCGGCACUCUCAUUCUUGCACGAGCGGAAGAUCAUUCAUCGUGACCUGAAGCCAGACAACAUCCUCCUGGACGAGCGCGGGCAUGCACACAUCACGGACUUCAACAUUGCCGUGCAUUACUCUGACCGGCGGCUACUACAAGGCGUUGCGGGCUCGAUGGCAUAUAUGGCACCGGAGAUCCUUGCCAAACGUGGAUAUACCUACACCAUUGAUUGGUGGUCUCUCGGCGUUUGCGCUUAUGAGCUGAUCUUCGGGCGUCGGCCAUUCCGCGGCAAGACGAAUAGUGACCUGACACACAGCAUCUCCAAGGACUCGUUGCGGUUCCCGGAAGACGCGGAGAGCAGAUGCAGUAGGGCUGGGAUCCAGGCGUUAAAGGGGUUCCUGGAGCGUGAUCCUACGAAACGCUUGGGAUGCAGACAGAACGGACCGGCAGAGAGCUUUGAGGACCUGAAGAGGCAUCCUUGGUUUUCAAGUAUCGACUGGGAUACACUCGAUACCAAGGAGCAGACCGCACCGUUCAUUCCUGACAACAAGAAGGCGAAUUUCGAUGCGUCGCAUGAAUUGGAGGAGUUGCUAUUGGAAGACAACCCGCUGCGAGCGAAACAACGGAAGGAACGCGAUAUCAGCAGCCUAAGCGCUGAGAUGCGCCAGAUGGAAGAGCAGUUUACCCCGUACGAUUUCAAGAAGAUGCAUCGUCGGUCGUAUUACCCCCAGACGCAGAUCGUCUCGACCGUGACAGCGACGUCCUCAACAGGGCCUUCUUCCUCACGGCCAGUGACGCCGAUGACAAUCGGCAACGACGGACCGCAUGAAGGAUACAACUACAACCACAAGUCCGAGCACGACAUACCCAUGAUAGAACGGACAUCGGGCGUCGAGAUGGCCGAGCUCAGCGAAAAGGCCCUCUGAGGGCCCCUAUACCCCCGCUGGCGCCAUCUGGUGCUCGUCUAUGUCUAUCAACGUCAACAUCGGAGGCCCUCGUCGUCGUCUGAUUCAUGCGGAUAUGGCUGCUCAUCUCAUCUGUACCCUUCUUGCUUGGUCCACGUCUAGGUCUCCGGUGUAGUCUUCGCUUCAUAUAUCGAUACCGUAUCAUCACUUCCUUCCAGUCUCCGGCGUUCCUCCCCCUGCCUCUCUACCCCAGACGCUAUCCCCCCUCUCACCCCGACUGUAUAUGGCCCGUCGAGCCGCGCGCCGCGGACCCGGUGCCCAUCGCCGUCGCUCGCUCGCCCCCCGCACGCACGUCACGCCCCGGAUCCCGCGCCCGAUCCACGACCCGCGCCAUGCCCCUCACGUCCGCGCCCACGCACUGCCCGCCCGCCUGUCUGUCCAUAGCCUUAUUCUACGUGUACACCCUACCUCUAUUUCCGCUGCACCAUAUAUGCCCCCCUCCUCAUCCUCCCUGCACCCUUUCGGAUCCCGUGGUCGG